UUUCCUAUAAGGUUGAUGCAUCGCGUUCACAAUAAUAGUACGUACUAACGCGGUUCAGACAAGUCCCACUUUCAUUUGAUUCCUCACGUUCUAAUCCGCAAAACAAAAGUGACGAAUGUUAAUGGCGUUUUCUUCUUGUUUUCUCUUAAUUCUUCUGCAACUUUUCUCAGCUUCAUUUCUUAGUGUUGCUCAAGAUCAGUCAGGAUUCAUCAGUUUGGAUUGCGGUUCACCGAGAGGAAACAGCUUUCGUGAGAGAACAAAUAUUACUUACAUUUCCGAUGCCAAUUUCAUUAAUACCGGUAUUUCUGGAAGCAUCAAACAAGUUUACCGGAGUCAAUACCAGCAACAAACAUGGAACGUACGGAGUUUUCCACAAGGCACAAGAAACUGCUAUACCUUAAAUCUAACCAUAGGCGACAAAUAUCUAAUCAGAGCCACUUUCCUUCACGGCGGUUAUGACGACCAACCCUCAACGCAAUUCGACCUCCACCUUGGGCCUAACCUUUGGUCUAUAGUUUCAACCAGAAACGAAACCGAAGCAGUAGCCUUUGAGAUGAUUCAUCACUUGACCACUGAUCGCUUACAAAUCUGUCUUGUCAAAACAAGAAAUUCGACACCUUUUAUCUCCGCUUUAGAGCUUCGUAAACUCAUGAACACAACUUACUGGACUCGACAAGGGUCCUUGCAGACCUUCAUCAGAGCAGACGUUGGAGCAACUGUUAACCAAUACAGGUACGGAAUCGAUGUGUUUGAUCGUGUCUGGACUCGAUAUAAUUUCAGGAACUGUUCACGGAUUAGUACCAAUCACACAGUAAACGUAAACAAUGACUAUCAACCACCAGAGAUUGCUAUGGUCACAGCCUCUUUUCCAACAGACCCGGACGCACCUAUGAACAUUUCGUUAUUCGCGGUGGAACCUACUUUGCAACUCUUUAUGGUAAUGCAUUUUGCGGAGAUUCAAGAGCUCAAUUCCAGCGACGUAAGAGAGUUUAAUAUCAUGUACAAUGGCAAGCAUAUCUACGGACCCAUCAGACCGCUUAAUUUCACCACUUCUUCUGUAUUUACCUCUACCGAAGUUGUUGCGGAUGAAAGUAGACAGUACACAUUUUCGCUUCAAAGAACAGAAAAUUCGACUUUACCUCCUCUGCUCAAUGGCAUGGAAAUUUUUUGGGUUAACUUGUUGCCGCAACAAGAAACUGAUAGAAAACAAGUUGAUGCAAUGAUGAACAUCAAGUCGGCUUAUGGCGUGAACAAGAUUGACUGGGAAGGAGAUCCUUGCGUGCCGCUGAAUUACAGGUGGUCUGGUGUUAAUUGACAAAAGGUUUUAAAAUCUUGGAAUUUUGAAAACAGGAACCUUUCUGCAAGUGGCUUGACCGGAGAGAUAUUGGAAUUCAUAUCAGACCUUACCAGUUUAGAAGUUCUUGACUUGUCUAACAAUUCUAUGACUGGUUCAGUCCCAGAGUUUCUAGCAGACAUGGAAACCUUAAAACUCAUAAAUCUAUCAGGAAAUGAGCUAAAUGGCUCAAUCCCUGCAACUCUCCUUGAUAAAGCACGAAGAGGAUCGAUUUCGAUAAGUAUCGAAGGAAAUGUCGGGCUCUGUUCAUCUACUUUAUGCCCUACCACGGAAAAGAAGAAGAAAAACACUGUCAUUGCACCUGUUGCUGCAUCACUUGUUUUAUUCUUCCUCAUUGGAGCUGGAAUCGUUACUUUCCUUAUCCUCAAGAGGAAGAAGAGUGCCAAACUUGGUCUACAUUCGAGGACUCACCACGGUUUUGAACCUCCCGUCAUAGCGAAAAACCGGAAAUUGACUUACGUUGAUGUUGUUAAGAUCACAAACAACUUUGAGAGGGUUCUUGGUAGGGGAGGUUUUGGUGUGGUUUAUUACGGCGUAUUAGAUAACGAACCAGUCGCUGUUAAGAUGCUCACUGAAUCUACCGCACUUGGUUACAAACAGUUUAAAGCCGUGGUUGAGUUGCUUCUUAGAGUUCAUCAUAAAGAUAUCACAUGUCUUGUUGGAUAUUGUGAAGAAGUAAUCUAUGAGUUCAUGGCGAAUGGCGACUUAAAAGAGCACUUAUCAGGGAAGCGUGGACCGUCGAUACUAACUUGGGAAAGGAGGCUUUGUAUAGCAGCAGAAUCAGCGCAAGGAUUGGAAUAUUUGCACAAUGGAUGCAAACCCCAAAUAGUUCACCGCGACAUUAAGACAACCAACAUCCUAUUAAACGAGAAAUUCCAAGCUAAGCUUGCGGAUUUCGGGCUUUCACGGUCUUUCCCACUUGGAACUGAAAGUCACGUCUCAACCGUAGUCGCUGGAACUCCCGGAUAUCUCGAUCCCGAAUACUACAGAACUAAUUGGUUGACCGAGAAAAGCGAUGUGUUCAGCUUCGGUGUUGUUCUACUAGAGCUAGUAACAAACCAACCCGUGAUAGACAUGAAAAGAGAAAGACCAUAUAUAUCUGAAUGGGUAGGUUUGAUGCUAUCAAGAGGAGACAUUAACAGCAUUGUGGAUCCUAAGCUUCAAGGAGAAUAUGAUCCAAACACGAUAUGGAAAGUUGUUGAGACCGCAAUGACAUGCCUGAAUCCGUCUUCUUCACGGAGACCGACAAUGAAUCAAGUCGUACUGGAUUUGAAAGAAUGUCUGAACAUGGAGAUGGCAAGAAACAUGGGAAGUCGUAUGACAGAUUCAACUAACGAUACUUCAAUCGAGGUGUCCAUCAAUUUCACAACAGAGCUUAAUCCAGUAGCUAGAUGAACUAAAUAUGUUUGAAGCUCGAACUCUUUACGUACACUUUUCUUUUGUUCUGUUUGUUAUAAAUAGAGUCCGUCUAAAAAAAAAAAGUACUCCGUUCCGCUU